AUGGCUGUGGCCAGCCAGGCCGGGACCGAGGGGGUCAUCUGCUUCCGAGCUAUAAGCCCCUGCUACCUGUAGAGCUGCAGCACCAUCUACGCGCGGCCCUUCAGUGCCGUGGCCGAGCUGCUCAACAAUGCUUCACAUUGCAGCAUGACAGCUAAGCUUUUCUGCAUUGAUGUUGUGGAGCUCAAGGGUCACCUUUGUCUAACUUUUAUGGAUAAUGAGGCAGGAAUGACUCCUCGCAGUCUCUACUGUGUGCUCAGCUUCAGUUUCACGGAGAAGACUGUGAAGAGCGACCACCAGUCCGUUGGAUUCUAUGGCUUCAAGUCUGCCUUCAUGUGGCUGGGGAAGGAUGCCACCACCUUCACCAAGACUGGAGGGGCUCUCAGCGUGGGGCUGUGUUCCCAGACCUACAUGGACCAUGUCCAUGCUGAGACUGUGAUUAUCCCACUGGUGUCGUUCAACCAGCAAAAUGAGAAAAUGAUUAUUACUGAAGACUCUGUGCCUAGCGCGGAGGCCAUCCUGGAGCAUACCCUCUUCAACACCAGGAAGGAGCUGCUGGCACAGUUCAAUGCCAUUCCAGGCAAAAAGGGCAUGUGCAUCCUCAUCUGGAACAUUCGCAGAAAUGAGGAUGGGAAGCUGGAGCUGGAUUUUGAUACAGAUAAGCACGAUACUCUGAUAGCAGACUUCCUUGCAGACGAUGGGGAGAUUCCCAGCAGAAAAGCAUACUGCAGUAUCUUGUAUCUGAAGCCCCGCGUGCGGAUCAUCCUGCGACAGAAGGUGGUGAACACUCAGCUGAUCACCAAGAGCCAGCCCAAUGUUGAAUAUGGUUUUUACAAGCCAAGAUUCAUCUGCAAAAGGGUGAAGAUCACCUUUGGAUUCACCUGCAAGAACAAAAGCCACUACAGGAUCAUGGUGUACCACAACAACCAGAUUAUCAGAUCCUAUGAGAAGGUGGGCUGUCAAAGGAUGGUGAGUAGAGGUGUAGGUGUGAUUGUUGUAAUCGAAUGCAACUUCCUGAAUUGAGCACACAACAAAGAGGACUUUGAAGAAGGCAAAGAGUACGGACAGAUGUUCACUGUACUAGGACAGAAACUCAACAGCUAUUGGAAGGAGAAGAUUGCACAGAUGAACUUGGGAAACAUGGAUGCAGCUUACAUGAUAUCAGAGAGACCAGACCAGAUGUGGGUACAAUGUGAAGAGUGUCUGAAGUGGACGAAGUUUCCUGACCAGGCUGACCCUACGUUGUUACCAGUAAGCUGGUUUUGUCAUCUUCAUCCCCUCCCCAAAUACAGACCAAAGGUGGAGAAAGCCACAUGCCUCAGCAGUGGAGACACAGGAGGAAGAGAUUUGCAGGUCCUUAACACACAGGAGCAGGAGGAUAUAAUGGAAUGGGAGAAUGUCAGAAGACCAGUGGAGAAUGUCUUUAUGGAACUGAAGACUAUUUCGGCAGAGUGCAACGUGCUCUGGUGCAAGGUGCUGCCCCCUGAAUCAAUGCCCUGGCCUGCUUGGACCAGCAGUUUCACCUGCACUCUGAAGCUGGAGGCUGAAGAAAAAGUUGUUUAUGGGACUGCUGCCUUUCCCCCUUUUCUCAAAAAGAUGACUGCAGUCCAGAGAGGAGAUGGACCUCCGGAGAAAACCAGACCCUUAAGAGCAAGGAUGCGCCUGGUCAGUGGAUCACAGAUCUGGUUGACCUUCAGCUGCUCCUUGCGGGCUCUUGCGGAGGGAGGAGGCCGCUGGGUUACGCCAGCUUUGAAAACGUGGUGUGAGUUCUUGAAAUGCCAAGAGGAACUGGCACUGCUCAGAGCUCAGAAGACGGAAGGCUUGCCCUGUGGCAAGAAAUACACGUGUUACUGCCAAGCUGUGUGGCAGAAGCGGAAAGCAAGGCUGGCGAGGUCCACAGAGGAGAAGGCUGAACCGAUGGAGAGGCUCAAGAAUACAGAGGUGCACUUAGGGGUGCUGAGGGAGGCACAGGUUUCCUGCAGGGGCCCAGAGAAAGAAGAAGUGAAGGGUGUUAUGGAGAAACUUAAGAACCUGCAUAUGAAUGUGAGCUGGAUUCUCUCGUUCAUCUUCCCCCACUUGGAGCUCCAGGAUAUUAACUGUGAGUCAGAUCAGGUACAUGAGAUCUUGCAGACUGUGCUGGAGGAGACAAACCUCAUGUUGGAGUAG